GAUUUCAAGCUUUUCAGGUCCGAUGGUGGAAUAUUCCACGGGUCUCGCACCGAAAGCUGCCCAACAGACAUUCCUGCACCCUAGUGUCCAUCCGAUCUUACAUCUCGCACCCUCGAAUCUUAACUUAGAAGCGGACUCUGGUCCUCUCAGGCCUGCACUGUAGCGAACUAUCGAACGGGCUCAUUCUACUGCUGCACUUUGUAACAUUUCAGAGAACCCGCGCAACAAUGGACGUCUACACCCCAACGCUAACAGAAGCGCACGACUGGCGCCACGAAAUGCGGUGGGAGAUCCAAGAGAUCAUCCCCGGGCUAUGGCUCGGACCUUACGCGUGCGCGCGCAAGAAGGACAUGCUGAAGGCGAAGGGGAUCACGCAUAUGCUGUGUAUCAGGGACCAGAAUGAACGGCAUUUGGUCAAGGUGUUGUGGCCUGACGACUUUGUUUAUGGUGUCAUCGAAGUCUCCGAAUCCCCCCUCCAAAACCUGAUCCCCCACUUCCCCGCCUGCCGCUCCUUCAUCGCCUCCGCCCUUCACAAACCCGGCACGGGCGCAGUGUUCGUGCACUGCAACACGGGCAUGUCGCGGUCGCCGGCGAUCGUGGUGGCGUAUCUGAUGAUGGAGAAGAAGAUGGCGUUCCAGGAGGCGUAUGCGGUCGUGCAGAAUCGGAGGUUCUGCAUGAAUCCGCAGGAGGGGUUUAAAUUGCAGUUGAAGGAAUUCGAACCAAUAUGGAAGGCCCAACUCGACCCCCACCUCCUCUCCACGCAAUCCGGGUCCAUCAACCCCAACGGGUCCGCGUCCAUGUUCCCCGAGACGGAAUACACCGCACAGCAACAGCGGCGUAAACGCAGCGAUAGGGACGAUGACGAGUUUGCUGAUCAGAGUGGUGGGGGGCAUCCGCAUGCUAGUAGUGCUAGGAGGAGGGAUGAUGGGAUGGAAAUUGGGGCGUGAAGCAAUGUGCGCUCGCCCCACCGCAAAAAACACGAAAGCUCUACAUUUUUGGAUCACGAUUCUACCCCCGCCCCUUCCCGGCUUCGACCUCCCUUUGCAACAGCCCCCCCUUCCCGCCUUGUGUGCCCCGGAUACCUACGAAAACCCCCUGCAACAGCCCGCUUCCCGCCUCAUGUGCCCUGGAUACCUACGAAAACCCCCCAACGACACGCGUUCCACGACCGGCAUAGAGAUUGGGGUGUCUAUCCUGUCGUGUCUGUUUUUGUCCUGUGGCAAUGCCCCGCAGACGUCAGCAAGCCCUUGUCUUUGCACCUCUCUUCUUGUAUAUGAACCUUUUCCUCAUUCUACGUGUAUUGAGAAUGUCAUCGAAAACUAUGCAGAUGAGAGGGAGAAAAUUGUACAGUGGGAAAAGGUAAAAAUAAUUGCUACAGUAAGUCUAAAAGACCGGUUCAGGAACCUCUACGCCGCAAACACGACCCCAACC